AUGCCGUUCGGGUUCAUGGUUCGGGCCAAGCACCCCAAGCGACUCGAUCGAAUGAUUUACGCCUCUCGAGCUAUGAUGGCUACGGUCAAACAACCGCCCUCAGUCCGUGGCGCUCGCACCGCGACAUGCCGCCCGAAAAUCGCGGCUUUUAUUGCACGAAGCUUUCUCGUGAAUUCGACCAAAAUGCGGUGCGACGCGAUUUUGUCCUCCUACCCGGAUGGGUGGCGAUCCCGCCAGGACAACUCCCAACGCACGGCGGUGAUCGACGAAAUUAACACGGUCAGGGUAGUGAACGUUUCCACCCCGACAAAAAACCCACCAAUCACCCACGCUGUGGUCGUGGAGAUGGCUGUGGCGGUCGAUCAACCCAUCAACAAGUUGAUGUUGCCCAUAGCGAUGAACACCGAGGCGGCCUCUCCCAACGUGGUUAUGACCACGGCAGUUAUUCUAACCGUGGCUACGCCCAAGGCAGCCAUUUCCAACGAGGACAUGCCCAAGGCGGCCAACAAAGAGUUGCGUCUUCGAGCCGACACGAUCAACGUGAUGAAAGUCCGUUUCGCCACCACAACGAGCCACUCGCACGAUCGGCCCGCUAAGUCUUUCAAUGAUGGUUAUCAUUGUUUGGCUCCUCCAGAGCUCUACCCCGUCCAAAAUCACCGGUGA